AAGUGUUCUAGCUGCUCCCUCACCACCGAAAGAUGCUCCUGGAGAAAUGGGCAAACCGGUAAACCUGCCAGUCAAUAUGACUUCCGAAAUGAAAAAAGCCGUCGAUGAUGGUUGGCAAAAGAAUGCAUUUAAUCAAUAUGCUUCCGAUAUGAUAUCCGUACACAGAACUCUACCAGAUCCCAGAGAUGCUUGGUGUAAAGAACCAGGACGUUAUCUAAAGGAUCUACCCGCAACUGAUGUAAUUAUUUGUUUCCACAAUGAGGCGUGGUCCGUGCUAUUGCGUACCGUACAUUCCGUUUUUGAUCGUUCACCAGAACAUUUAAUCGGCAAUGUAAUAUUGGUAGAUGACUUCUCCGAUAUGCGUAAGUAUUAAAUUGUUCAAAUGUAA